AUGGAGUCGCAAGCGGGCAAUCGCAUACGCACCUCACGUCGGUCGCACACCAACCUCGCCAACCUUAGACUCGCCCCUCUCUCACGAGACAUCAGUCCUGUGGACGGGCGACGAGACAUGUCCGCAUGGCCGCACACAUCCUAUAUCGAAGGCAAGUCUGCACCUACAACGCCGAGUAUCCUUGGUCGCAGCUCGAGUCGCCGACAACUGGGCGGAGCUGGCCUGAGUCGCAAACUUUCCAUCCACGAUGCCGAGUAUGCUCCAGUACAAGUCACAGCACAAGGUCUGCCGCGCAGUGGCUUGCGUCCGGAUGCCGGGGACCAUGUUAUGCCAAAGGCGAAGAGUGAGGCUGCUCUGAACCAGCGACCUACUCGCGCUGGUCUGCCAAAACUACGCACGCCUCUACUUCAUCCCCAUUCUGGUUCUCUUGCAGUCAAGCCGUACGACAAGCAACACGACGACGACUGGUUCACUCGCGCAGGCUUAACCACGACAUCCAUGCUACGAGAGUCAAAGGGACAGUCAUGGCUGACCUCGCGCCAGUCAUCAACAUCACUCCAACUGCUACAAUCCUCAGACGAUGAAGAAGAUGCUCUGGCCAGCAAAAGCGCCGUCUCUCUACAACGUCUCCACUUCGCCGACGACGAGUUCAGUCCAGAGACACCGCGUGCGACCAGCAGAUGGGGCAGCCGAUUCGGCAGCCGCGCCGCCAGUACCCGGACCAGCCGUCGCAACAGCAAAGUCGACUUGGACUCGCCAAAACUACUCCACCGCGAUCCAUCCGACUACUUUGGAAAUGCUGUCAUGGAGCCCGAUACAUCUGUCAGACCCGACUUUGUAGACCCGCGAGAUUAUUCAGACAGUGAAGAUCCGGAACAGGAGGUCGCGAGGUUGGCUAGGGAAGCUUCGUUUGGCUUUGGUUCGUUGGUUGAUAGGCUGAUUGGGUGGACUCUGUUUGAUGUUGCCGAGGACAGGGAGGCUACGGAUGUCGAGGCUGAGGAUGAGACGCCGACUACACGUGAGAGAGUGGUGCGUACGCCUGUGCGACCGCCAUCACCUCCUCGGCCUAGACAAGCCGUCGGUGAAGCUGAUCGGCAGGGUGAUGUCGAAGAAGGUGCUUGGAAAGAUGCAGCGUGGUUGCUUGGUGUUGCCUCCAAGGUCUUGCUUUGA